ACGAGGAGCGGGCCGAGCGUUCGGCCUCAGUCAGGCGCUCGGCUCCGUUUCGGUUUCACUUCCGGUGAGGGGCCGCCUUAGAGCGGGCGGCGAGCCGACGGCGAGCGCGGGCGGCGGCGGUGACGGCGGCGCCGCUGCCGGGGGGCGUGCGGCAGCGCGGCGGCGGCGGCGGCGGCGGCUGGGCCUCGAGCGCCCGCUGCCCACCUCUCGGGGGCGGGCUCCCGGCGCGAACAAGGCUGUAGAGAAGAUGGAGGAGCUGGUGGUGGAAGUGCGGGGCUCCAAUGGCGCUUUCUACAAGGCAUUUGUAAAGGAUGUUCAUGAAGAUUCAAUAACAGUUGCAUUUGAAAACAACUGGCAGCCAGAGAGACAGAUUCCAUUCCAUGAUGUGAGAUUCCCACCACCUGUAGGUUAUAAUAAAGAUAUAAAUGAAAGUGAUGAAGUUGAGGUUUAUUCCAGAGCAAAUGAAAAAGAGCCUUGCUGUUGGUGGUUAGCUAAAGUGAGGAUGAUAAAGGGUGAGUUUUAUGUGAUAGAAUAUGCAGCAUGUGAUGCUACAUACAAUGAAAUUGUCACGAUUGAGCGUCUACGAUCGGUUAAUCCAAACAAACCUGCUACAAAAGAUACUUUUCAUAAGAUCAAACUUGAGGUGCCAGAAGACUUAAGACAAAUGUGUGCCAAAGAAUCGGCACAUAAGGACUUUAAAAAGGCAGUUGGUGCCUUCUCUGUAACUUACGAUCCAGAAAAUUAUCAGCUUGUUAUUUUGUCCAUCAAUGAAGUCACUUCAAAGCGAGCACAUAUGUUGAUUGACAUGCACUUUCGAAGUCUGCGCACUAAGUUGUCUCUGAUACUGAGAAAUGAAGAAGCUAGUAAGCAGCUGGAGAGUUCAAGGCAGCUUGCCUCAAGGUUUCAUGAACAGUUUAUUGUACGAGAAGAUCUGAUGGGUCUAGCUAUUGGUACUCAUGGUGCUAAUAUUCAGCAAGCUAGAAAAGUACCUGGGGUCACUGCUAUUGAUCUAGAUGAAGAUACCUGCACAUUUCAUAUUUAUGGAGAGGAUCAGGAUGCAGUGAAAAAGGCUAGAAGCUUUCUUGAAUUUGCUGAAGAUGUCAUACAAGUUCCAAGAAACUUAGUAGGUAAAGUAAUAGGAAAAAAUGGAAAACUGAUUCAGGAGAUUGUGGACAAGUCAGGAGUUGUGAGGGUGAGAAUUGAGGCUGAAAAUGAGAAAAAUGUCCCACAGGAAGAGGAAAUUAUGCCACCAAAUUCCCUACCUUCCAAUAAUUCAAGGGUUGGACCUAAUCCCUCUGAAGAAAAAAACAUUUAGAUAAAGGAAAACAGCACCCAUUUUACUCAACCAAACAGUACAAAAGUCCAGAGGGGCAUGGUACCAUUUGUUUUUGUGGGAACAAAGGAUAGCAUAGCUAAUGCAACUGUUCUUUUGGAUUAUCACUUGAACUACUUAAAGGAAGUAGACCAGUUGCGUUUGGAGAGAUUACAAAUUGAUGAGCAGUUGCGACAGAUUGGAGCUAGUUCUAGACCACCACCAAAUCGUACAGAUAAGGAAAAAGGCUAUGUGACUGAGGAUGGUCAAGGAAUGGGUCGAGGUAGUAGACCUUACAGAAAUAGGGGGCACGGCAGACGCGGUCCUGGAUAUACUUCAGGAACUAAUUCUGAAGCAUCAAAUGCUUCUGAAACAGAAUCUGACCACAGAGACGAACUCAGUGAUUGGUCAUUAGCUCCAACAGAGGAAGAGAGGGAGAGCUUUCUGCGCAGAGGAGAUGGACGACGGCGUGGAGGGGGAGGAAGAGGACAGGGAGGAAGAGGACGAGGCGGAGGCUUCAAAGGAAACGACGAUCACUCCCGAACAGAUAAUCGCCCACGUAAUCCAAGAGAGGCAAAAGGAAGAACAGCUGAUGGAUCCCUUCAGAUCAGAGUUGACUGCAAUAAUGAAAGGAGUGUCCACACUAAAACAUUACAGAAUACCUCCAGUGAAGGUAAUCGGCUGCGCACGGGUAAAGAUCGUAACCAGAAGAAGGAAAAGCCAGACAGCGUGGAUGGUCAACAACCACUCGUGAAUGGAGUACCCUAAACUGCAUAAUUCCGAAGUUAUAUUUCCUAUACCAUUUCCGUAAUUCUUAUUCCAUAUUAGAAAACUUUGUUAGGCCAAAGACAAAUAGUAGGCAAGAUGGCACAGGGCAUGAAAUGAACACAAAUUCUGCUAAGAAUUUUAUUUUUUUGGUAUUGGCCAUAAGCAACAAUUUUUCAGAUUUGCACAAAAAGAUCUUAAAAUUUGAAACAUUGCUAUUAAGUAAACUUAGCACUUCAGGGCAGGAUUUUAGUUUUAUUUUUUAAAGUACUAAGCAAUGAUAAUCUUUAUUUAUUUGGACCAUUUUCCUGCAUUGGGUGAUAACUCACCAGUACAUUUCAGUCUUUCUAAAUAAAUAGCAUUUAUGGUAAUCAUACUGGACUUCUGUUUUCAAUCUCAUUUAGGAGUCUCUAUGAAAUGCUAUGUCAUUUCAUGUCCUGUGUCAGUUUAUGUUCUGGUCCACUUUUCCAGUAUUUUAGUGGACCGUGAAAUAUGUGUGAUGUGACAUUUGUCAUUUUCAUUAGCAAAAAAAAAAAAGUUGUAUGAUCUGUGCCUUUUUUAUAUCUUGGCAGGUAGGAAUAUUAUAUUUGGAUGCAGAG